CUAAUCUCUGAGCCUCAUAACUUCCUACACUGUCGCUACAAUUUCUCGAAUAAUUCCUUUGUUUAAGCAUUUCACCAUUUUCCUUCCAAUUUCCUAUACUAUUUUCAUAUCCUGUUUACAAAAAUGGAGGCAAUGAAGAUGAAGAUGUUCGUCGUUGCACUCAUGAUGAUGAUGGUAGCCAUCUCCGCCGUGAAGGGCGUCGCCGCCGCUGAUGCUCCGGCACCUGCUCCGGCUUCCGAUGCAGCCAUUUUCGUCCCCACCUUCUUCGCUUCCUUAAUCGCCGUUGCAUUUGCUCUUCUCUUUUGAUCUAUUUGUUUGGAUUUUAUGAGCAUGUUUUGGGUAAUUACUAUUUGUGGUUUUUGGAAGGCUUUGUGGAUUUGGGGUUCUUGCUUUGCGACGAAUCGUCGUUAAUCUAUUUAUUUAUUUCCAAAUGUUAUUAAUAUGUAUUUCUGGACUGGGGUAAUAUAAUGGGAAAUUAGGGAAUAACCCAUAAAUAUCUGGAGUCUGGUGUUCAACUUUUAUGUAAGCAUUUUCUAGUUUUAUAAUUCCAUUUUUUGCUUUGUUCAUUUAGUGUACUUUGAUGUUUCUUUGUAUGCUGGUAAAUGUACUUAAAAGACGUUUUAACCUUUA